GCUGAAGUUCUCACUCUAUGACACCUCCCUCUUAGGAAGGAGAAGUGCUAGGGAUGUGUGAGAACACACUAGACUGUGCUGUAAAAAUACACAGUGAGUUUGGCUCUCCUCUAGUACUUCUCUUGCAAGCUGCCUAGGCGUAAGGGUGAUUUCCUGUUCUCUCUUUGCCUUCCGACGGGCAUAGAAUCCAAGCAUUCUGAACAUAGACAUAGCCAGCGCCUUUCAACUCCCUUCUAUAAUCUGGCUCCUGGGUAUGUUAUGUAUAAAAGUGGCUACUUUCCAUAAUAAAUGAAAAUGGCCAAUUCUUUAAGAGGAGAAGUACUGAAUCUUUAUAAAAAUCUGCUGUAUCUUGGACGAGACUAUCCAAAAGGAGCAGACUAUUUUAAAAGGCGUCUGAAGAAUGUUUUCCUAAAAAACAAAGAUGUGAAGGACCCAGAGAAGAUCAAAGAACUUAUUGGACGGGGUGAAUUUGUAAUGAAAGAGCUAGAAGCCUUAUACUUCCUUAGGAAAUACAGAGCGAUGAAACAACGCUAUUAUUCAGAUACCAACAAAACUAACUGAUCUAUAGUACUAUAAUUUGGCUGGAAUUCAGUGCCAGCUCUUUAUGUACACCAGAUAUAACAGUAAUUGCAACUUAAAAUGGCAAGAUAUACACAUUAUGUAAAAAAUACCUGAGCUGCCUUAAUGAACUAAAAUAAGCAACUUUGGUUCACAGAGCUUUAUCAGCAACCCUUUGUUAAUUUUUAUACAAAAUCAGCAAUAUAGCCAACUACCAAUUAAAAAUUAAUGAGUACCCAAUUUUGAAUGGACUUAAUUUCAACUUACUAAAUUUUUUUACCUAUUACUCUUAGCCCCCUUUCUCCAUUUUACUGACAAGAGAAUGCCAUUUAAUGCAUUUAAGCAAAAUAAUUUCUUGCCCAUUAAUUUCCUGUAACUUUUGAAGGAGUACCACCUUAUUUUUGAACAUAUUUGGUACAUUAACAGCACACAUUCAAGGUUCACUGCAAAACAAAUAGCACAUGGCAUUGAUUUAAGUGCAGUUAUAGAAAUAAUAUUUGUGGAGUAAGAUUAUUUCUGAUCUUGAAGUAGGCUGCCAGUAACUGGCAUUAUAUACAUACCUAUUUAAUAACUUCCGUUAUUGGGGCACCUAGGUGGGUCAGUGGGUUAAGCCUCUGCCUUCGGCACAGGUCGUGAUCUCUGGGUCCUGGGAUCAAGCCCCGUGUCAGGCUCUCUGCUCAGCGAGGAGCCUGCUUUCCCCUCUCUCUCUGCCUACUUGUGAUCUCUCGCUCUCAAAUAAAUAAAUAAAUAAUCUUAAAAAAAAAAUAACUUCUGUUACUGAUUCUGCUGCUGGCUCCCUUUCAGUCUUGAAACAAAUCACCUCCUGUGUAUCAAUUACCCUUACUGAUAAGAAGUAAUAAAUAAUGUUAAUCUGUUCUUUCAUCAUAAAGGCAGAUCUGUUUUACAUCUACUUCUAAAUAAGUUAACACAGUAAUGGACCUAAAUCUAACAUGGUUUUAAGCAAACACUUAAACCUAUAAAAUAAUGUUCACAGCACCUUUCACAAAUAAUAAUAUAUAUAACACAUAAGCUGCAAAAGAUUCACUAAUAUAGUGUGGCUUAUAAAUGAUUCCAUAUCAACUGUGGGGCAAAUGUUUCAAAUUUCUGUCAAGAAGUACACACGAUCAUAGUCACCAUAACUAUUUUUAUUACAUUACAAUAAUUAGGAGCAGUACAGUUCAUGACAAAAAUAUUACAAAUUUCAGAUCACUUCACAGCACAUACUCCUAUAAACAUUUAAAAGUUAAUUUUAAUUAAAAGAGUGGUCAUUUUUAAAUUUAAUGUUUGAUAUGACCAACAUUCCUAGGUCAGCGCAACCAAAUGAUGGAAAACAACUGGAUCACACUGCAUAUGUCCCACAAAAAAAAGCACAAUGUACAAAAUGUGCAUGUUUCAGUUUACACUAUACAAAAAUAGUUAAAAUACAUUCCAGGUAAACAUGUUACAUUAAGAAAUAGUACUAGUAAGAAAUUGGCACUCAAAGGAAAAAUGCAAAAGUAUUUUCAACAUGAAAACACAAGACAGUGGAAUUGGAAACUUUUGGAUAAAACAUUACAUAACCCAUUUAGCACUAUGGGGAGGGGGACCCUUUGUAAUGGACAUUUCUGCAAGUAGGAACUUUGUUCCUAAAUUCAUCUAAAUUGCCUAUCAUCAUCCCAAACAGGCACUUAAAACUAUUAAACUAAAACAAUUAUUAAUCUUGUUAUGACUAUUCUUCAAGAACUGAUGUAAAUAUAUCUUUAGGAAGAAAUAAUUUUCAUUUUCUGAAGGAAUUUACAGCUACCAGUUGUAUGCUGUUCGAUUUUUCAAUGCAGAUUUCAUGCUACCCAAUACUAACACAGAAGUUAUUAAAUAUAAAUUCAGCUUUAAAGUAACUGAUGGUUGUUUUAAAAACCAUUAAUACAGUUAUCAAGAAAUUACUUUUUAACAAUGGAAAUGACAGUUUUUAUUGCCUACCAAAAACCAAUGUGUAUUGUUUGGAAAAAUAUGGUUAGAAGAAAAAAGUCACUGAACACAAAUGAGAUGAACUUGUGCAAACUGCAACUGAACAUGCCUCACGAAGUUUCUAUAUAUAUUAGGACAAAAUUGUGCAAUGGUGGCAAAGAUUUUGAUAACCUAUAAGUUAGGUUCUAAAUUCCUAUGCAGUGUGACUCAGUUAAAACAGAGCCUAGAAUUCCUAAUUGGGAAUAUUCACUCAAAUUAUACUACAUACUUCUGCUACAUUCUUCCACAAACAUGUUAAUGUCUAAAACUAUGUAAUUUUAGCAAUUUUUUCAACUCCAAGGGUUUUUAUCUUUAAGGCCGUAAUAAUUACAUAAUAUUUCUUUCUAGGAUUAUCGCUCCCCUUUUAAAAUCUCUACAAAAACAAACCUUUUGUCAAACCAUUCAAAAUUCACAUAAUAAAGGAUAAUUACCACUGCCUAAAAAAGCUGCCCAGCUACAUCAAAAAAUUGAAGAGUCCUAAAAAUCCCUCAGUUAUGCACUGCAAUUCCUGAAGUAUGGCCAUUUCUUUCUCUUGUGUAGAAACAAGAGUAAGUACUAUAUAAAGUCUUAACACCCUAUCUAGAUAAUGUUCCAUAAACCUGUAGUUUAGCAUAGCAUUUCAGAAAUUGGACUCUUUUUUACACAGAAAUUUCCUUUUCUGUGAAUUAGUUCAGGCAUCUGUUUAUUCAUACCCAGAUAAAUAAAACUAUUUUUGAAUUCAAUAUUUAAGUCUAUUUUAAUUAUGAUACAAAGAGACCAACUAGAAUAUUACACACUUGGGAAUUUUAAUGUUAUCAUCUGACAUACGAUUUAAUGUGUACUGCAACUGUCCCAAGAAAAUCACAUAAUUAUCCCAAAUAAAAAACAUUAUAGUUAAGUUUACUCCUUUAAAAUAAUGAAGUAAAGUGAUUUAUAUAAAGUAGCUUGAUUAAACAGCUUUACUGGAAUCAGAGCAUAACAAUUAUUUUAGAACUGGAAGAAACCUUAGAGACCAUAUCACUUCUUUGCAAAACUAAUAUAUGCAUUAUAUUAUCUCUGGGUCAUGUGCCAAAUGCCUCACUAAGCUAUUACAGACUGCUAAAAUAUCAGCACUACUUAAGGAUAGGGAUUAUGUCCCUCAUUGGGAAUACCGUAAUAUCCCCAGUGCCUUGUGUAGUACCUGGCAUCCAAUAGGCACUCAAAUAUUGGGUGGACAAAUGAAUUCCACUAAAAAGUAAGCUUUAUGAAUUAAGUUUUAAAGUAUUUUUUCAUUGUAAGAAGAUUUUACUUACUAAAAUAAUGGAAUGUACCACUGUAUCCAGGGCUAGUCCUAGUUUUAGAUUAUCUAAGGAAAUCCUUCAGUAUUUAUGAAUUUAUUAAAUUCUACUGGAUAAGGUCUGUCUUUUCAUAGCAGUUAUGAAAAUUCCUACUUUUCCUAUUUAGUCAUUAGUGGACCAGGUAGCAAAGAAUGAUGUUCAAAGGAUCAAAAUUAAAUUGCUAUAGCUACCACCUGAAAAUUAGCUAUUAGGUCAAACCCUACUACAGUAUCUGUCAGAUUAUGUUGAGCCUGACUAGUGUGACUUGAUGGGAAGCCUUUGUGGAGAUAUCUAAAGCAGCAAUAAAUCUUGAGGUUAGGGGAAUUAGAAGUAUUAAAAGAAAAAGCAUCAAGUCACGGGGCAUAUAGAAGGGUAGGCAGGCAAGAUGACACUAAUAUGGGAGAGGAGUACUGCUACUGGAGAACAGAUACUCAAAAAUAAACUUCACCUCUUGCACAACUUUGUCUAAGACUGGCGCUGAAACACAGGUAAAACACAGGUAAAAAGUUACAGAUUGUGCUGACACUGACAAAUAGAUAUAACCUUAUGUAAACUGAAUGUAAAUCACAUAGUUGUAAUGCUAAGCUAUAGCCUUUGAGAUGACUUAUUUUAACAUGAAGAAAUGGAUAGCAAGUGAUUUGCCCAAAACUGAAGUUGUAAAAGACACGUAACUAGAAUCUAAGUCACCUUCCUCCUAGUCCAGUGAUAUUUUCACCUCAACACACCAUCUCACUUCAGAUAUUUAAAAAUACAUUUUAAACACACUGAAAGAAUCACUGUUAUUAAUUUAUUAUUUAAGCAUUAGUUAUUCUUAAAUAUGGACCAUACUUGUAAAGUGUGUAUGAAAUAUUACUUUAGCCAGUAUUGAGAACUAACCAAUACUAAAGAUUUGGAAACUUUUUCACAUCAUUGUUUAAAAAAAUUAAAGUCUUGCCACCCCCUACCCCAAAAUCUUAUUUGAAAUAAUGCUUUUAAAAAAAUUCUAUUGUGGUUUUUGUUUUGUU